AUGUCGAUAGUUGCUGGAAACGGCGAGGGCAGCAGUAAUGAUCCCAAGGUGGAGGUCGAAAGUGGUGUAGAAGCAAGUAUCGCGUUAGAAGUAUCGUCCGUCACGAACCCAGCGCACGUUGAACUAGAUAGUCUGAAAGCAUGGCUAGUGGUCUUCGGCUGCUGCGGUGCGAUGACGACAACAUUCGGUCUCACUACAAGUUUUGGUGUCUUUCAAGAAUACUACGGAAGGGUGCUUCUAUCGGAUCAAUCUGCUUCUUCUAUUGCAUGGAUAGGUGGACUACAAUAUUGCUUGCUGUUCUUUCUGGGCCUUCCGAUUGGUUCAUUGAACGAGAAAGGCUAUACUCGUCAAUUGGUAUGGUCCGGAUCAAUUAUCAUCGUCUGUUGUCAAGUGGGAAUCAGCUUUUGUAGCACGUAUCAUCAACUUCUCAUUGUUCAAGGUCUAUUGUUCGGGAUAGGGUCUGGUUGUGUUUUUACUCCGGCUUGUGCGGUCGUUCAGCCUUGGUUUGACAAGAAACGUAAUUUAGCUAUGGGUAUACUGGCCACCGGCUCAGCGAUCGGUGGUGUGAUUUUUUCACUUGCUGCUUCCAACCUGUUGCCACAAAUUGGAUUUGCGUGGACCGCUCGAGUUUUAGCUCUGUUAUCCCUCAUCGUGCUCAUAAUAGCCUCAUUGUUUGUUCGGCAAUACCCUGGCUUACCUGAGAACCGGUCGACCUCCAUGAUAGGUGCGGUGACGCAGUUGAAGAAACCGGCAUUUAGCACAUAUAUUUUGGGGGUAUUUUUGGCUUCAGCAUCAGUGUAUGCACCCGUUAAUUAUGCCCAAGAAUAUGGGCAGCAUUUGGAAUUGCCAAAGGGGGCUACUCAAUACCUGGUCACUAUCAUCAAUGGCACAUCCAUCAUUGGCCGAAUUGGAGGAGGACAAUUAGCCGAUCAUUUCGGCUCGAUACAAACGGAAACCGUAGGGGUUUUUAUUUGCGGGACCAUGUGCUUUUUUUGGACAAAAUGCACCUCGAGUGCAUCUUUGAUCGCAUACGCAGCACUUUAUGGUGUUGCUCAAGGUGUUUACGUAGCUCUGUUACCUGCAGGGGCCGCUGCCAUAAUCCCCUCUGCCGAUUUAGGCCGGUCCAUUGGCGUCAUGUUUUCUAUUUUGAGUAUAGCAAUGCUCAUCUCGCAACCCGUAUUUGGACUUUUGAUCAGAGAUACGAGCGGUCCAGCGGCCUAUAGUCAUGCCGCCAUCUUUGGAGGAUCGGUCCUCAUGUUAUCUGCACUCUCGUUGCUAAUCUCAAUUCUGCUUCGUCCGCGCACCAGAAACAUGAAAUUAGAGGCUUGA